UAUACGCGCAUCACCGUGGUUCCCCGACAUUACAAUGCCCGGCCGCUUAAGAGUCCAGCGGCCGUCGCCGACGACCUUUUACUCCAGGGUGAAAACUUGGCCCAAUGGCAGGCCAUUUGGUCCAGUCCAUUUGGAGCUCAUUUGUGCAGCCUAGUCGACAGAUACAAUCCGUGGGCAAUGGCGGUGGUCAGCGUAUUAGUGAUCUAUGGGGUAUUCAAGAGAGGAUACACCGAGGAAUCACUUCUCGUUAUCCGAGGCUUUGGCAUCCAGACCUCAACAUCCUCCUCGACCUACCUUUCUUCGGCUGCGACAAGAUUCAUUCCAACCACACAGAUUCAAGACAUUGUCAUUCAUGAAGCCUUCAAGGGAUUCGAGGUCCGCUUCUAUCUGGCAGUGAUUGUAGAAGGCGAGCCAGAUGUUCUGGUGGUCUUUCCGGUAGGACCUACGUUCUCAUUGUGUUGUACUCAGGCUAACGAUGCGGGUGUUUAG